AUGAAGUAGCUGAAUCGUACUUAAAAUGAAUAAAAUCUUGUACAUUCGGCAAUUACCUAAAUCAGAAAAUAAUAUCAAAAUGAACAAACUGAAGAAGUCCCCAAAGAGAUAAUGGAGAAUAAAUACUUCACAGAAUAUGAAUAACUCAAUGAACUUGAAUUACUGACAAAUAAACACAUCAAAUAUUGUACAAAGAAACUAUUAAAUAUUGGCUACUCUAUUUUCUAUUUAGAUGUUGGCUAACCCUGGUGCAUAUAUUGGCCACUCAAUGCUUUAAGUAUCUUAUAGGACGAUGUAUCGAAAUAUGAAAAUCAAAUUAUUCAAUAUUUGGAAAAGUGCAAAAUUGGAGGCUUCACAGGAGGACCUAAUUAAUUUGAGCAUUUAGCACCUACAUACUCAUCUUUACUCUCAUUAUUCAUUCUCUCAACUCCAGCAGCUUUGGGAUUAAUUGAUAGGUAGGCAUUGGAAAAGUUCUUUUGGUCUGUUCAAGAUCCAACUGAAAAAGGAUCCUAUCUUAUGCAUGUUAAUGGAGAAGCAGAUAUAAGGGCUGUUUACAUCGUUGUGAUAAUGGUGGUCAUUCUUAAAUUAGAUCCCAAGUUGCUAGAUGGCUGUGCUGAAUAUAUUGCUUCAUGUCAAACAUAUGAAGGAGGAAUUGGAGGAGUUCGAUAUUCGGAAGCUCAUGGAGGAUAUACUUUUUGUGGAUAUGCUGCUUUGGUUUGUAUGAAAAAAGCAGAUUACAUUGAUCAAGAGAAACUAAUGAAUUGGCUUGUAAAUAGAUAAAUGGAAAAUGAAGGAGGCUUUAAUGGUCGAACAAAUAAAGUUGUUGAUGCCUGUUAUUCUUUUUGGUAAGGAGCUAUUUUUAAAUUGUUAAUUUAAUCUGGCUAUGUCGAUGAGUAGCUAAUGAAUGUGUUUGAAUUAAAGAAUUACAUACAUAUGUGUCAGAAUGCAUCAGGAGGAAUAUUCGAUAAACCAAGCAAAUCUCCAGAUGCUUAUCAUACUUGCUAUGGAUUAAGUGGAUAUUCUUUGGCUGAUAGUAACUUUCAAAAUCCAAUUUACAAUAUCCCAAACAAAUGUAUAGAAUUUGUGUAAAAUUUCUUCUAAUGA